GCGCUCCGAGAAAUAGUUACUUGACAACAAAUUCGCUGAAAGUUUUCGUUUCAGAUUUGAAGACAAAAUGUUCCGUCUGGUUCUUUUGUCUAUCUUCGUGAUUUCCACGGUGCACGGUCAGUUUCCUAGCCCACUGUUCGACUGUGUAAAUCGAGCAGCGCAACAGUGUCCUGCUCCUGCUACCUGCGAUACAACUGAAAAAAUAUGCUCAGGUUGUCCAUUCGGAAUGCAUGGAUACGCCUGUCAUCUUGAUUCUAAGGUUAAUCCUGAUCAGGCCACCUGCUCAGUCAAGUGUCAGAAUGGAGGAUCGUGUCUGUUGGUGGACGGCACCACCUGUCAAUGUACUCCUGACUAUACCGGUUACCAGUGUCAGACACCCAGAAUUUCUCUUACUUGUGGAGCACCCAAUCCACCAGAUGGUACUAGCACUAUGGGCAUUGAUGUCAAUAGCAUCAUUGGGUUUGAUAAGGCUAACGGUCAGGUGAUCGUGGAAGGUGCUGACCCAACUAACACUGAGGACAAGGAAUGUUUCGGAACGCAUGGAGCCGGUACACUAACAGUAACCAAUGAUUAUGAAACAGUAGAUCAGAAGUCACCGACCUGUAACCAGGCUACUGUCGAAGAUGGUGUCUACACCCGAAAGUUCAUUGUUCGGUUUAGAGCAGGCGUAACGUCACCUAAGACUGAUUUCAGAGUAACAGCGAAAUGCAGCCCAUCUGAUUCUUCUGUCACUGUCACUGUCACUGGAGACAUAAUCACUCAUGAUCCCAAUACUACUGCAGUUCUUCACAAUGUAGACAGGAGCAACACACCUACAGGAGUAGACGUAACUGCUGAAUUAAAAGUGGGUGGUGUUUUACUCGACACUACACAUCCAUAUUCUCUGACAACGACCAUCGAUGUAAUUCUAACUCUGGACAAUACUGGAGAAUUCAAAGUCAUCCUGUUAGUAAAAUUUACGAUAGAAAAUGGGGCUAAAGAUACCGUACCCAUAGACUUAGUGUCCAACGGCUGCCCAACUAGUUCAGAGAAAGUUGUUGUGAAGACGUCGCCUACGAGAUCUAAUAAUAACAUCAUCACGCUGCAGACAAUGCCGAUCAUAAUGGACGGUACUAACAAAAACAUCUACACGUUUAUUGUCAAGGUCUGUACCGUCGACCAUGCAGCAGAAUGCGCAAUACCUGACUGUACAGGAGGUGGUGGUGGCAGACGAAAGAGGGAGGCCGACGGAGAUCUUGCAACACUCGGAGUCGGGUUCACUGUCAGAGAUGACUUGCAGCGAAAUAUUAAGAACUUGAGGGAUGAAAUGAGUGACCAGAAAGAAUGCACUCUUACCACCGAGAUAACUGCCAGUCUCGUUGCCAUGGCGGUCGCCAUCUUGCUUCUGAUGGUACUGGUCAUUGUACUGAGUGUCCGAGCUAUUCUAGCGCAUCGUCGUGACGUCAUCGUGUACCAACACCACCAGAUGGAUUCGUCAUCAACCACAAGUCUUCCAAGGAAGAUGAAUGCCAACUUUUGAACUUCGAAAAUUCAAAUUGGCCGACCAGUCUGAUCACAUCUGGUUGAUAUUGAUACAGCUUCCUCUGUAUGGCGGUUCCUUUAUUUUCACAGAUUGAUAAAAAAUUGUAAACGGUUGUUUACGUAAAGUGAAAUGUUAUAUUAUUUGCAAUCAUUAAAUUAUAAUUUGUUUAUGAAUUGACAUAUGUCAUUUGUGAAUAACUGCUUUCUUUCAUAUAAACAGUGAAUGCUUGUUUUUUAAUGUUUCAGACCUGUGGUCUCUUGGGAGAGGGUCUUUGUUCUGGGGGAGGUUGGGGUGGUAAAUAUGGUCUUACUGAAGGGGAUGUGGUCACUAUGGUGGUCAAUUUCUAUGGCAAACUGAAAUGCUCAAUGGACUUUGAUUCUGCAAAUGUUAGUAGCUUAUAUAUAUAUCACUUUUUAUAUUAUGUAGAUCUCUAUGUUAAUGCUAAUUCAGUGGGAUUCCAAGUAUUACAUUCUUUGUCUAGUUUUAUCGUAACCAUACCAUUUUCUAAGAUUGUUUUAGUGUUGAAUGCCUCAUGUGUUUUGAAUAUAAUUUUAUAUAUUUAGAAGUGAAAUGCUAUGUAUUAAAUAUAAAAUUUUAUAGUUGUAGACGUGGUCUGCUUUUUGCAUGUAACUUUAAAUGCAAACAUUAAAAUACUAAAUACACAA